AUGGCAACAGCGAUCGAAGUCAUUGAAGUACCACCUUAUGUUUCCGACGAAGAGGAAGAUGUGAAUGACAAUGUACACAUUGAACGUAAGAAAAGAGCAAAAAAGAAACAACGUAAGUGGAUGAAAGAAAUGGUGUUUAAGAAUGCUGAUGAAGCUGAACAAGCGGUAGCUAAUGAAGGUCAAUGGAGUGAAUAUUAUACGAAUACAACAUCUUAUGGGAAAAAAAAAGUUUUUAGAUGCAACCGGGUUAAACGUCGUGGAAAUCAAUGUGGUGCUGGUAUUUAUUUGUUAUUUAAUUCGACUAACGAAGAAGUUGUCUUAUUCCGCGACACAUCUGAACAUACUCAUGAUCUUAUACAACAAAAAUGUACAAGAAUAGCAGAUGACGUGAAAGUGGUUAUCAAAGAAUUUUAUGAAUUGGAUGAAAAUAUAUUUCGUGAACGUUUUCCAUUAUCCAGAUUUAAAAUUUUAACAUUAGAAAUUGUUGAAAAAUAG